AUGGAGCUCUCGAAACAUGUCGUGCUGCGGGACAGCCACCUGUUGGAGCGUAAGCUGGACCUCAUUUCGAUCUCCAACACGAUCAAGGGAGCCCUCUCUUCCGUGAACACAAGCAAGUCAGUACUCCGAGAGUGCGUGGAGAAGCAAAAGAUGAUGGAUCGUUUGCUGCAAGGGCUGGAGGAGGCGGUGGAUCCGGCUUUUCAGCGUGUGGAGACGGCUUUGGCUCUUUCUGCCUCCGGCAACGAUUCGGGUUUAGGAGUGCUUCGGAAUGCGGAUAGAACCCGAUACACCGCCUUCCAACACGCAAUUGGCAUCUACGACGAGAUGAUGGGGCUGCGGAGCAGGCUAGAUGUGGCAGUACGACAGCAUCGGCAGGAUUUCGAGGAGACGCGCGGGAAAGGUGAGGUGGAUCGUGUGAUGGGGCUCGUGUCGAAUCAGCUGUCUGCGCUAGAGUCCUGCAGUGAGCUGGCGACUGCUUUGGAGAAAGAACUCGAUAAACUCCUUGGAGCGACUUACACUGCAUGA